AUGGUUGAUACUACGAAGUAUUAUGCAAAGUUUGUGCAUAAUCAUGUCCAGAAGUCGUCGUUAACGUUUACAACAUCCCCUGUUGUUUCGAAGGCCCUUAGCCAAUUUUAUCCGCUUUUAAUAGUAGUUGACUCUGUUUUGAAUAAUUUAAUGUGGAUCCAAGAGGAUACUAGUCUCGGCUUUAUAUACUUGUUAUUGCUUUGUUUAAGUGUUAAGAUCCUCGAACCGAGCGUAGAUCGCUCCCUUUGGUUCUAUAACUGGGUGGCGUUUGUGAGUUUGUCAUUUUUGGUAUGUUCUGUAAUAUAUAAUAUCCAUUCUACCAUAAGGGAUAUGAAGAAGGAUGAAGCGCCAACGGUCGAUGAUAUUAUGAUUGUUCUGGAGUCUGUUAUAGAUAAAUUAGACAGGAUGCGGAUUGAGAUCGUUGGCGUUGGUCUGCGGAAAAGACUUGUUGCUAAUAGUUGGGCAAUUACGAAGCUAAUGCUGGUCCUGAUGCCUUUUCAUUGGAUUAUCUUAAAGAUGUUGUCCCCAAUAAACUAUCUCAUGAUGUUCUUGGCGCUUGCCGCCACGUACCACUCCGCUUGGUUCCAGAGUACUCUGAAAUUAUGCUGGAGAAGCCUGCAUGUGCGGAUGCUCUACUACAAGCUCUGGUCAUACGAUCCCAGCAAUGCCUGGUGUACCAAGCCUGUACAAUACGAAGUUCUAAGUGAAGAGCACAUCCCGUUCCCUAAAGUUCCCGAGAACUUAACUGGUGCUAAACUCCAGCUUCAUGUGCAGAACGCACUUACAGAAGAAGAUAUAAGCUGGAGUGAUCGAGAGUUAUCGCCAGAUAUGAACUACGCUCGUGUUGAGGUGGUACAGUUCCACAUUAGCGAGAAUGAAAGAAAAUGGCCCGUGGAUGGCUGGACAGGAACCAUGCUACCCUACGAACGCCAGCAUUACUCACUGACUUUGGACCCUCUACACAGAGAUUCUCCUUCUCCGUGGAAGUUGCAAGAAGAGCUAUCACCUGAAUGGUGGUGGAUGGAUGACAACUGGACUAAAUCGGCUUGGAAAUAUACAGAUAGUGAAUGGAAUUAUCUUGGGGACAGCGAUUCCGUUGGCUGCUAUAAUAGAUGGAGGGAAUGGAAACGUAAAGCCUUUAAAAUAAUUGAAAAGGGUAACAUUUGA